ACUUAAAAAAAAAGUACAAUUCAAAUUUCAAUUUCCCAAUGUCAUAAUUCCUGAAAUUACCAAUUUUAUUAUCGGAAUUGGAAAUUUCAUAAACCCUAGGGAGUUGUGCAGCCUCCUGACGCUCCCAGGCGCCAUUGAUGAGCUUCCCUCCAUUUUUUUCCACAAUUUGAAUCUCUCUGUCUCUCUCCUCACUUUCUCUCUCUACACACUGUCACCGGCUCAUCGCAUUUAACUCCGAUGAGGAAGAAGAAGAAGGACGAUCACGAUCCCUUCUUUAAAACCCUAAACAUUCUCUGCCCUUUCCGUUACUCCAAGGCCCGCCACAUCCGCAUCGCCGACAUACUCGUUGAUGAAGAAUUGGGAUCCGAAACCGGCGGCUACGAUUGCUCCGGAGACUUCAGUAUGGAUAGAGACCCACACCGCCUCCCCGAGGACGACGGAUUCACGGCCUUACAGUGCUCGUCCCCGCUUUAUAUUAUUUCCCGAUGGUUGUCGACUCUGAAGCGAGGCAAACGGAGGCGAUGCGGCGUCGUACGGAGCCAGAAGAGACCGAAAGAGGUCGCGAAGACGGAGAGGGAGACUGGCGACGACGAGUCAACGCACGCCACCGGUUCGACGAAUGGAUUGAACGGCGGUGGCGGGGAAACAGAAUCAAGACAGAUUGUGAAGGAUACGAGCUCAUUCAAUUUGGGAGUUGCGUGCGGUUUGGUGUAUCUGAUCGUCACCGGUAAAAAUGAACUUGCAAAGACGGUGGAGUUGCGGGCGGAGAUGGAGCAGUUGCUUCAAAAUGCAAAAGAGGAACUGCAGAGCAAGAAUUCGCGUUUCGGUUCCAGGGCGGUGGAGUCGAAUGAGAUGAAUUUUGCUUCUUCCACCACCGAUCUCCAACAGGCUUCGAGUUCGAGCUCUGGGAGCCGGUUUUCACUUCAAUCUGGCCUGGUCCGUGAGGUGUGCUCGGAAUUUGUUAGAGAUGGAAGGGGACAAGGAGAAAGGGAUGAAUGCGCGGAGGGAAUGGAUCAACUCGAGGCGGAGCUUGAAGCGGAGUUGGAACGAUUGCAGCUGCAUUUGGAAUCGGAUUCGGAAAAUCAUUCAUCCAAUUCUAACUACACGCAGCAGCAAAGAUUAAACGCUGUCCAAGACACAGCUCAUGGAACAGGUGACGAUAUCUCAGAUUUUGGAGAAGAAAUCGAGGCACAUGGAGCAGAACCAGCAGAUUAUAACGAAAUCCCAUGUGACUACGGAGUUCCUGCACUCGAACUGGAGAGAAGGCUGCACGAACUGCAGGAAGCGAGGCAGGAAGAACGGAUAAAGGAACUUGAAGUUGCAUUGGAGUACACGAAGCGCAAGCUUCAUGAGAAGGAAAUGGAGGCUUCGUGGUGGAGACAAAAUGCAUCCGCAGCACUCACAUCGCACCACCAUCAAGAUCCUUCAUCGUCGGGUGCUUCCCAGCACAGUUCGGAGAGUACAUUUCACUUGUUUAGGUGAGAAAACCAAGCUGUACAGUGGCUUUAGACAAGCUUCAUGAAUAAACAGUAAGGAUACCGAGGGCAUUAGUAGCAAAGGGCGAGGCUGAAUAAAACGGUUUGUGAUUACCAUUACAUGUGAGUCUUCUUAGCGACAGCGGAAACAUCACACCAAAUGGUGAUUUGAGGCUUAGCACGGAUGAAGAAUCGCUCAUCCAGGUGAGACCCAGAGGCUGUGUGUUAGAUUAGUUCCUGAAAGUCUUCAUUUGGCCCAAAAACUACUUUUUCUCGAUACAUUUCUUCGGACACAAGCAAUCAACUUUGUGCUUUUUGUGUGAUUCUGUUGAAGAUUGGUUUGCAGAGGACGUUGGGGUACCUCUUCUCUACUUGCUGCUUCAGCAGGCAUCAGUCCUCCUUUGAAGUAGUUGCUUGGGCUGCAAGUGUUCUAAAAGUCUCCGCCUAGCGCUGCUUAGGGCUCGUCUAGAGGGUGUUUAGACUUGCUUAGGCUCUCAUCUAGACUGCCUAGAUCCGCUGAGGUUGUGACGCUCAACUAGAGAGAAAAUAAAUAACUUCCAUUUUGCAUUUCAUUUUUUCAAUAAAUUGUAAGAGAUUUGUUGGAUACUUGGAUAAACAAUUAUUAUAUGCUUGUUUCUUAUA